UUACCCAUCAGCCUGCGGACUGACGGACGGCGCGACAUUGGUUACCAUGACGCCCUAACUGUAUGCCCUUCUUCCCUUUUUUGUCAAGAUGCCGUUAUCCCUGUCCCCGGCUCGAGUGUUUGCAGAGCUGGUCCCUCCACCCGUCGGGACAAAUGCUACGGAAAACGAUUCGCCUGGAGUGGCAAAAGGGACUCCCGCAUUUUUACAGCCGCCUGGCAGGGAGGUCCACGUGAGCGGGACGGCGGAGCUCAGCGCAGGCCCGGAUCGGGCAAAGGUCACGAUCCGUUUGAGAAGCAAGAAAGCCGAGGCCUCUGCGGCGCGGAGCAGCGUCACUCGGCGCCUGGACUACAUCGCCCAGACCGCCCGACAGCGCGGCGGCAUCUCGGAGGAAAAUGUGACUAUAACAAAGAACUUCAGUAGAACAGAUAAUGCUUAUAAGAUGGAAGCAGAGGUCUGCAUUACAUUCAGCAAUUUUGAAAAGAUGCAAGAUGUUUGUAACUUUCUUGUUGAGAAGCUAGAUAGUUCUGUCAUCAUCAGCCCACCUCACUUUUACCAUACAGUGGAGACCAUAGAUAAUCUUCGGCGUCAGGUAUGUCUUGCUGCAAUUGGCAGUGCACAGCAAAAAGCCCAAGAAGUCUGUCAACUGUUUGGCCAGUCACUGGGAAAACCCUUGUUAAUAAAGGAAGACGAAAUGAAGGAAUGGGAAGGCCACCUAGAAAACCACAUCACCUGUCCCUCAGACUCACUGAGUUUGCAGCAGAGACUCCAGAAUUCUAUAAUUAAUGUUUCCUCAAGGAUGUUUGCUGUCUUUGAGAUAAAGGGAGAAAAAAAGAGAAAACAUGCUGCCCUUUUAAACAUGAACUGAUUCCAUUACUAAGAGGCUGGUUUAAGAUUCUUUCCCUUGGAGAAGAAAAAAAUUGGUAGGAAGCUGAACUUGAUCUCUACUGUCAAAAAAUUAAAGGGACCAAUGUAGUAAGAAACCAAGUUGUUUACUGUGCUGCAAUUAUGUACUGUGGGGAUAAAGUGCUAGCUGAGGAGUUGAUGGUGUGUAAAUAAUACAACCCAGAAUUGUAGGUGGAUAAAUUCAGCCAUCUCUGUAUUAUGCUAAAGGUAUGCAGCUGUUCCUUCCAGUGGUUUCCUGCCUCUUUUUAGUGCAUUACCCAUCAUUAUUUCUGAAUUUGGCUUUUAGCUACCAAAAUGGUAAACUCAGCAAUUGCCUUGUGGUAUGGCAGCCAGGACUACUUCUGCACAUGUGGAUUGUUCUCACAACUGGAAAUGAAUAAAGCAGUUGAAAUUCACACAAAGAGCCAUCUGUUCUCCAGAACUUUGUACCAUAGCCAUUAUAUUUGCACGUGAAAUGUUCAAAAAGCUGUUAAACAUACUUGAUUAAAACUUCAAAGUGCAAUUCUA